UUUCAAGCGACUACUCUCUCCGCUCUUCCUUCAGUCGCGUUCCGCGCUUCGUACGAGUUAGUGUACUUUUCGUCGUUCUCUUUUUCGUUAUCUCUAUCUGUCUGUCUGUCUGUCUGUCUGUCUGUCUGUCUGUCUCUCUCUCUCCCUCUCUCUCUUUUUAUAACAUAAUAUCGAACCAUCUCUAUUUUUUACAUUUGUAGAUCGGACGUAUUCCUUCGUCGUUUCAACGAUCAGUUUCGUUUGUUCCUUGGUUUAUCAUUAAACGUUUCUAUUUGCAAAACCGGAAUUCGGUGAUCGAUCGUUUGGAUAUCUUCGAUUAAAAUAAUAAUUUUUAUAUACGAAGAUAUUACGAAAUAAAAGACUGAGAGGGAUGAAACUACUUGGAGAGAGAGAGAGAGAAAGACUAUUUCCUAAAGUAAAAGAGACGUUAUUAACGCGUCGUCGAUGAUUUAUUAGAUAGAACCAGAUCGUUUAUUAGAUAAAAACUUUUGAUAGGAAGAUGGAGAAGGAGUCACUUUGAACAUCGUUUCGCUCUCUAAACGAGAAAACUCCCUUUUCUCGCUUUUCAGCGUCGCACGUGGAGGAUAGAUUUCCGUUCUAAUUCGAUUUUCGGUCCUAAGUUACGUUUAAAGUGGUUAGAAAAUUUCUAGAACGGAUUAAAGAGAAAACGUCGAUACGUAUCUUUCCAUCAAUUCGUUUCUUCCCAAUUCCAAGUCUACAUUAAAAUCUUGAUUUGAUCGAGCUACGAACACUUCAAAGAAGAUUAUGUAAAUGAUUUUGAUAAAAACUAUUGCAUGAUUUCGUGCAAGGACGAUUCGCCUUUGUUGUUCACUACUCCGUUAUUAUCUUUACCGUUUCUUCUAUCAUCGAAAGAAAAAAGGUUGAACUUUCGAGACCAGAUGUCAAUUGUACCGAUCAUUUCUGAAACGAUUACAUACUUUUGCAAGAUGUUUAUUACGUAGCUAGGAUUCGUAAAUUAUUUAGCUUUAUCUGAUAUUCGCAAAAAUAUGAUUCGACGUAGAAGAGCGUUUUAUCCAUUUACUUUUAAAUUCAUGUUAUAAAGAUUUAAAUCCAAAUUACGCGUUAUUAAUUAUUACGAUAUCAUAAAAUUUGAACGAGGAAGAGGAGAAAGUAUUAAGAUUAGCGUAAAAGGAAAAAGCGUGGGUUUAGUUGGAUUGUACAUCGAUAAAGUCGAAACGUAUUAGAUUUACGUUGAAAAUGCUUGGUAAUCUAAUCGAACCCGUAUCGUAGAUACGCUGAUCGAUCCCUUUAAAGUGCUGUAAUUCGAUGUGAAAAUCUCCAUUUUCAUAAUCGAUUUCUCCUUUGCUUGUUUCCAUCAUCUUAUUUACGAAGACAAAGAGAUAAUUUUUUCCAACUGAAGCGAAAAUAAAAAGAAAAAAAAAAAAGAGAGAGAAGAAAAAAAUAAAGAAAAAAGAAAUAAAAAGCCGAUCGUUUUAUUCGAAUAUUCGUCUGAAAAGAGGUUGUGAAAGAAAUCGAACGAUUCACAUGGGUGAAAUCACAUCCGGCAUCCCGUCGAUUCGUUUUUCUCUAGGGUGACUAUAGAUUUAUCCCUCGUUUUUUUUUUCACGUAUUUCCUUCUUCCUCGUUCUUCCCUUUUUGCCUUCGUGGCCCGGUACAAUCGAUUCUCGAAAAAGUUUGAGAAAAACAGGUGCCGAGGAUAUUAUCCGAUAGAUGAGCUAAGGGACUUGUGGUUCGAGAGCUGAAGAUUAACGAGAGAAUCGAGCUACCCUUCUCGAUCAUCUUCACCUUGAUUUUUUUUUCUAAUAUCGUUUCUUGCCCUCUUUUUGCGAGACUUAAAUUUCUAUGUUAGCCGGACAAAUGCUCUUUCUUGAAAUUAUUUAAGAAAGCUACAACACGUCUCUUUUCCUACGGCAUGGUCAAUUACUAUCGCGACAAAGAAAAUGCGUCCUUUGGAUCUCUCCUUUCGCAUUAAAUUCGAAACGUUGCUCGACGGACGCUACUAGUUUAAUUAAUCCUCCCUUCAUAUCGCAACCUGUUGAUCUCUUUUUAUAUUUCUUUUUUUUUUUGUAUUUUUCUACCCUCGACGUACCACCUGGGAAACUUCUUCUACGUCGCUACGAGUGACGUCGAUCUCUUUUCUUGGUAUGUCACUUGAGACGCGUUUAUAUUUAUAGUUAUAACAUUUCUACCUUCGAGAAAAAACGGAAAGGAUAGAGGAGAAUCCGAGUUUCAUAUUUAUCCGAUUUUUCUCCUCUCGAACUCGGAACGUUACGAAGGGAAAUAUCGAGAGAAAGAAAGAGAGAUAGAGAAAGGAAUAUUGCAAACAAAUGGAUCGUGCAAUCUCGUAUGAUGUAGAUUUCCGGUCCAACAAACAAUGUAGAAAAUAUAUUUGAAAAGAGGUGUUUAAACGCAUGCGUGUGUGCGCGCGCGCGCGUAUGUAUGUGUGAUUCCGUGUAUGCGUCAUGUAGUUUGUUCGUCUCGUUUAAAAGAUGCUUCAUAAGAGAAGGAUUUGUUGGAAGAAAGAAGAAAGCAAGGUGCCGCGAACUUUAUCGUUUAAAUCUCAUGAAAAUGAAGAGAAAAGAAGAGUGAUCGAAAAAGAAAUCUCAUGAAAAUGUUGCGAGAUCUUUGCUCGAUGAUAAAUCUCAAGGAAAGAGAUCGUUGAAGGUUGAUUAUUGUGAAAGAGAAAGAAAUAAAGGAAGGAAGGCUCGAAGAUCUCACAAAAUGUCGUCCGUCGUCGGUCCGAAUAGAGAGCAAAGAAGUAAUCGAAAUCAAAGCUAUGACGUUGAUGUAACUGUUGGGAAAAACGCAACCGAUGGCAUAUUUCUAAUACCAGAAUAUUUCGACCUCACUUCUCUGAAUAUUAACGCAACCGAGGAAAUUGACUCUUUCUAUUUCUAUGAGACCGAACAAUUCACAGUUUUGUGGUUGCUAUUCGUUGUGAUCGUUGCUGGUAACACUGCAGUUCUCGCUGGUCUCUUGCUGGGAAAACGUCGAAAAUCUCGGAUGGACUUCUUCAUCAAGCAACUGGCGUUCGCAGAUCUUUUGGUCGGUUUGAUAUCAGUUCUGACGGAUAUAAUUUGGAGAACUACAGUGACCUGGCAUGCUGGUAACAUUGCCUGCAAACUCAUCAGGUUUAUGCAAGCCGUCGUCACCUAUAGCUCUACGUACGUAUUGGUUGCACUAUCGAUCGACAGAUACGACGCCAUUACUCGACCGAUGAACUUUUCAGGAAGUUGGUGGAGAGCUCGAGUAUUGGUGGUGGUUGCAUGGAGCCUCUCGGCACUUUUCAGCAUUCCCAUCAUCUUUCUCUACGAGGAAAAACGUAUACAAGGAAUGAAGCAAUGCUGGAUAGACCUAGGAUCUUCGAUUCAAUGGAGGAUUUACAUGAGUUUGGUGAGCCUUACCCUGUUCAUAGCUCCCACCCUUAUAAUAGGAGGCUGUUAUAUGGUCAUCGUAGCAACGAUAUGGUCACAAGGAAGCGCAUUACGUCAGGGUCCUACCAGGGAUACUAGAAGAGCUUCGUCCAGGGGUCUUAUACCAAGAGCCAAGAUCAAAACCGUUAAGAUGACCUUCGUCAUAGUAUUCGUAUUCAUCCUUUGCUGGAGUCCAUACAUAAUCUUCGAUCUCCUUCAAGUUUAUGGACACGUGCCGAAAACACAGACGAACAUCGCAGUAGCGACUUUCAUACAAAGUUUAGCGCCAUUGAAUUCUGCUGCCAAUCCCAUAAUCUAUUGCCUCUUUAGCACGCCAUUCUGCAAAAAUGUACGGCGAUUUCCUGGGUUUCGGGAUGGUGCACUGCAAAUCCACAUCACUGCUUUGGCACCGGUGGUGCUAAAACCGCAAGUACAAGGACGACAGUGACGACGUCCCUGACGGCACAUUCAUCUCGUAAAAGUGGACCAGGGAUGCUGCACUCGACAACUUCGAGGAAGCACGUGAUGGUGUCGUUGGUUUAAAUUGUUUAAAAGACCAUCGAGAGAAGGAGAGCGAAUAUCUUAAGCUUUUAGUUUUACUUAUAUUUCUUUCCUCUAACUCUCGAAGGAGCCCAAAAAGAAAUGGUCGAGCAGCCUACUUGCGAGCCACCAAUCAACGACCUCUUUCUUUAGUUUACCAGGGCAAGCUCGGCUUUACUUUAACAAUAAAUCACCUUAGGGCGUUCUUUGAUCCUAAGUAAAGUGUCUACGCACUUUUUAUUCUUGUUUUUUUUUUUUCUUUCUUUCUUUUUACUUUUUUUUACGACGUCUCCAAAUUAAACUACCGUUAUAAAUUAUAAAUCGUUGAAAUGAUAAAACUGUUCGUGAAAGUAUUAUAAAUAUUAUAAUUAGAACAUUUCCUCGAACUGGAUCUCAGUUUUUCUGCUGCAAUAUCUCUUUCACAAUUACUUUUAAUUUUCUGUCUUUUGGUAUCUCAUCGAGAUGUCUCAAAGAAAGAUAUUUUUCUCUCGUAUCGCCAUUUAAAUUGUAUCUUUUAACGAGCACGGACUUUAACCUACAUUUAUGAACGCUUUAAAGUUUAAAUCCUUGGAGAAAGGAAGCUAAUGAAGAAAAAAAAAAACAGAA